UCUGACGUUCAUUGAAUAGAGCAGUCUGACUAGUGGUGCUCUCUCCUCCACUUGAUAUUGUUGCUCUCUCGCUCGCUCGCUCACACACGCACACACAUACUCACUCACUCACUCACUCACUUGUAUCCUGAGGAUGUUAAAUCUGAGAAACCAGCCGGGCAUGCUUUUACUCCUGAUCCUGCUGUGCCAGCUCAUGGAAGAUCGCACAGUCCAGGCUGGGAAUUGCUGGCUGCGGCAGGCAAAAAACGGUCGUUGCCAGGUCUUGUACAAAACUAACCUCAGCAAAGAAGAGUGUUGCAGCACCGGGAGGCUUAGCACUUCGUGGACUGCUGAAGACGUGAAUGACAACACGCUUUUCAAGUGGAUGAUUUUUAACGGGGGCGCCCCAAACUGCAUCCCUUGCAAAGAAACGUGCGACAACGUGGACUGUGGACCUGGAAAGAAAUGCAAAAUGAACAAGAAGAACAAGCCUCGGUGUGUCUGCGCUCCGGAUUGCUCCAAUAUCACUUGGAAGGGUCCAGUCUGUGGACUAGAUGGCAAGACCUACAGAAAUGAAUGCGCUCUCCUCAAAGCCAGAUGUAAAGAGCAGCCAGAACUAGAAGUUCAGUACCAAGGCAAAUGUAAAAAGACCUGUAGGGAUGUUUUAUGUCCAGGCAGUUCCACGUGUGUGGUGGAUCAAACCAAUAAUGCCUACUGUGUGACAUGUAAUCGGAUUUGUCCAGAGCCUACCUCCUCUGAACAGUAUCUCUGUGGGAAUGAUGGAAUAACUUAUCCUAGUGCCUGUCACCUGAGAAAGGCUACCUGCCUGCUGGGCAGAUCGAUUGGAUUAGCCUACGAGGGAAAAUGUAUCAAAGCAAAAUCCUGUGAAGACAUCCAUUGCAGUAGUGGGAAGAAAUGUUUGUGGGACUUCAAGAUUGGCAGAGGCCGGUGUUCACUCUGUGAUGAGUUGUGUCCUGAGAGUAAAUCUGAUGAGGCUGUCUGUGCCAGUGACAAUGCCACUUAUGCCAGUGAAUGUGCCAUGAAGGAGGCUGCCUGCUCCACAGGUGUGGUCCUGGAAGUAAAGCAUUCAGGAUCUUGCAACUGAAUCUGCCAGUAAAACCUGAGCCAUUGAUUCUUCAGAACUUUCUGCAAUUUUUGACUUCAUAGAUUAUGUCUUAAAAAAUUAUUACAUAACAGCAGAUGCCAAAGAGCAUCUCACUGCAAGUCCCAUAAAAAUACACCGCUGUAUUAUGGCUGUUUCAAAGGGCUUUGAAAGCGUGCACUGAGCUGCUUCUGCGCUGUUGUUGUCCUUAUUUAAACAACAGCUCCCCUGUAUUCCCCCAUCUAGCCAUUACUGAAGACACAGAAGAGGAGGAAGAAGAUGAAGACCAGGACUACAGCUUUCCUAUAUCAUCAAUUCUAGAGUGGUAAACCCUUCAUCAGUGUUGGGAUAGCCCUUGGGCAAAAAAAAAAAAAAAAAAAAAAAAAAAA